CCGGGAGCCGCAGGGCGGGAGGCCAGGCGGAGAGAUUGAAAACCUAGAAUGGCAGGAGAACAGAAACCGUCCUGCAAUCUCCUAGAGCAGUUUAUUUUACUAGCCAAAGGUACAAGUGGCUCAGCUCUGACUACUCUUAUAAAUCAAGUGCUGGAGGCCCCUGGGGUUUAUGUCUUCGGAGAGCUAUUGGAGUUAACAAAUGUGCAAGAGCUUGCUGAAGGAUCUAAUGCUGCUUAUUUCCAGUUGCUGAACCUGUUUGCGUACGGAACAUACCCAGACUAUGUAGCAAACAAAGAUAACCUGCCUGAAUUAACAGUGACUCAGAAAAACAAGCUGAAACACUUGACGAUUGUAAGCCUGGCUUCCAGAAUGAAGUGCAUUCCCUAUUCUGUGUUGCUGAAGGACCUGGAUAUGAGGAAUCUGAGGGAGUUGGAAGAUCUGAUUAUUGAAGCGGUUUAUACAGAUAUUAUCCAGGGGAAGCUGGAUCAACGAAACCAGGUUCUAGAGGUGGAUUUUUGUAUUGGCAGAGAUAUUCAGAAGAAGGACAUCAGUAACAUUGUCAAAACACUCCAGGAAUGGUGUGAUGGUUGUGAAGCGGUUCUUUUAGGAAUUGAGCAGCAAGUACUUAGAGCCAACCAAUACAAAGAGAACCAUCACAGAACUCAGCAGCAGGUAGAGAUGGAGGUCACAAACAUAAAGAAAACAUUAAAAGCUACAGCCUCGUCGUCGGCACAGGAGAUGGAACAGCAGCUGGUAGAGCGAGAGUGCCCUCCACACACAGAGCAAAGGCAGCCCACAAAGAAGAUGUCCAAAGUCAAAGGGCUGGUCUCCAGCCGUCACUAGAACAUACCAUCUAAAUGUCAUUCAGCUAGGAAUGACAACAGGAGGAGCAAAAAAGGGCCUGCGUCUCCUUUUUCAGUGGGUUCUGGGCCAGUCCCUUCCAGGCUGGCAAAUAAAAGCCCUGUUUGAAUACAGCUCCCAGUUAGCAGCACCUGGCUAAGUUACACUGUGCAGCCCUUAUUAAUUUCCAGGGUGUCCCUGUUCUGGUCCUGUAAAGAGGGACUUCUAAAGAGAGGGACUAAGCAAAAGGGGCAGGAAAAAGAAAUAUCUGUGGACAGUUUUGCUCCCUCCCAGCCAGUCUCAUUGCUGCUUAACCUUGAGGAAGCUGCUGUACUAAAUCAGAUCUUGGGAGAACUUCUGUAGCAAGUGUCUGAAUCCCAGGGUUGAAGUGUGGCUACCAAAGCCAGGCUGGGAGCGAGGAAGCAUCAACACAGAUCUUUUCAUUCCCAAAGGGAGCACAGAAAGGUUUCUAGGCCAGGAACUGCUUUACAUGGAAGUCGUCAGCCUUUCCGCUACCCCAUCUAUUUUAAACUGGGGUGAAAUUCACACUACCUCGCUCUGUGAAGAUGAGAUCCAGUGCUGGGCUGUUUACUUAACUGUCUGUUUACUGCCCUUACUAAGCCCUUUAAUCUGUCACAGAUUUAAAGCACUGUUCUGCAUCUCUGAGGCAUGAAUACAAUAAGGAGGAAGCAGGCUGCUCUUCCAAGCCUUCCUUCUUGCAGGUGGCUAGGGGCGUACUAGAAACUGUUCCUUCUGAAGGUGACUUGACCUCCCAGAGCUGCUUGUGAGUUGUUUCCCCCAUUGACACCUUCAAAGGGUAAUGCAUUCGCUCUUCCUUGGAUGCUAGCGACAGAGGUCUGCAUGGGAGAAGAGUCCAUUUAGCAUCGUGGCAGGCUGGUGGCCCAGGACCCACUGGCAGGGGUCGCAGCAGCAUCCCCUUGCUGAAGCAAUGGACUUGACUAGUCUUUCUGAAUUUUGAACACUUUCAGGUUAUAUUUUUCUCCCUUUUUUUGUAUAUUGUUGUGAUUCUAAAGCAUUUCAGCCUUUGUUUUGUGGGGUUUUUUUAUUUGUUACAGACUAACUUCAGGUGAUUUGCACCUAGUUUGGCAAGGUGUGGGGUUUUUUUUUUAAGGGGGAGGAUGGGGUUGGCAUUGAAACAGCAAUUCACAAAAAGCACAUUUUAGAAAAAAAUUAAAAAUGCUGAUUUAAUGUCAGAGUGUGGAGUCUUGGCUUUGA